GGGUUAGAGUCCCGCCCCCAGCCCCCGCUCGGGUCCGCGCGCUGCGAGCGCACUGGCCCUUUAAGAGCCGCGGCGGCCGCGAGGAGCGGGGAGGAAGGCUGGGAGCGCCCGGAGCCGCGCCGAACUCGCCGGGGACGUCGGGCGCCGGCUCCCUGGCUCGGGCUCGCUCGAGCGCUCGCUCUCCGGGGCCGGUCCCCUGCGCUCCUCCCAGCACUGCCUGGGGACCCAGGCCCGGCUGGGCCGAGCGGCGAGCGGAGUCCCGGGGCGGGAGGCGCACGCUCCGGGCAGCGCCCGGCCCUGGGCAUGGACAGAGGGAGCUGGGCGCGCAGGGGGCGCCGCGGGACCGGGCGGCCGGAGCGCUGAGCCAGACAAAGGCUCCGGAGUUGCGCCGGGCGCCGAGACCGAGGGGCUCUGCGGUGGGCAGCCGCGGCCGGGCCCCUCUCCCGCGGGCGAGCUCCGCGCGCCCGGACCUGCCCUGCCCGCUCCUCCUCGGGCUGAGGGAUUUGCCGAGGCUACCUGAGCGGUUCCUGCGGGGACCCGGAGCCUGAGGUCCUCCGUGCGCCCUCCGGGCCGGGAACCCGGGACCGAAGCAAGUUUCCCAGACGAGCGUGGGGACCCGGUGUCCGCGAGCGAGCGACCCUCGAGCGCAGCCGGGAGCAUGGGGAGCGAUCGCGGCGCGCCCGGACGGCCGGGCGGCUUCCGAGGCGGCCGCGAGGCGGCGGCGCGGCCCCGGCUGCUGCCGCUGCUACUGGUGCUUCUGGGCUGCCUGAGCCGCCGCACCGCGGCGGAGGACGCCGAAGUCCACGCGGAGAACUGGCUGCGGCUCUAUGGCUACCUGCCCCAGCCCAGUCGCCACAUGUCCACCAUGCGCUCGGCCCAGAUCCUGGCCUCCGCCCUUGCAGAGAUGCAACGCUUCUAUGGGAUCCCCGUCACGGGUGUGCUGGAUGAAGAGACCAAGGAGUGGAUGAAGCGGCCCCGCUGUGGGGUGCCAGACCAGUUCGGGGUGCAUGUGAAAGCCAAUCUGCGAAGGCGGCGGAAACGCUAUGCCCUCACUGGGAGGAAGUGGAACAACCGCCACCUGACCUUCAGCAUCCAGAACUACACAGAGAAGCUGGGCUGGUACCACUCGCUGGAGGCGGUACGCAGAGCUUUCCGAGUGUGGGAGCAGGCCACACCCCUGGCCUUCGAGGAGGUGCCCUACGAUGACAUCCAGCUGCGGAGGCAGAAGGAGGCUGACAUCAUGGUACUCUUUGCCUCUGGCUUCCACGGUGACAGCUCACCAUUUGAUGGCACAGGUGGCUUUCUGGCCCAUGCCUAUUUCCCCGGCCCUGGCCUAGGUGGGGACACCCAUUUUGACGCAGAUGAACCCUGGACUUACUCCAGCACUGACCUGCAUGGAAACAGCCUCUUCUUGGUGGCGGUGCAUGAGUUGGGCCAUGCCCUGGGGCUGGAGCACUCAAGCAACCCCAGUGCCAUCAUGGCGCCCUUCUACCAGUGGAUGGACACAGACAACUUCCAGCUGCCCGAGGAUGACCUCCGAGGCAUCCAGCAGCUCUAUGGCACCCCAGAUGGUCAACCACAGCCCACUCGGCCUCUCCCCACUGUGACACCCCGAAGACCAGGCCGGCCAGACCAGCGGCCCCCUCGACCCCCACAGCCACCACCUCCAGGAGGGAAACCAGACAGGCCACCCAAGCCAGGGCCCCCUGUGCAGCCCCGAGCCACAGAGCGACCAGACCAAUACGGCCCCGACAUCUGUGAUGGAAACUUUGACACAGUGGCCAUGCUUCGAGGAGAGAUGUUCGUGUUCAAGGGCCGCUGGUUCUGGCGAGUCCGGCACAACCGAGUCCUAGACAACUACCCUAUGCCCAUUGGUCACUUCUGGCGUGGGCUUCCUGGUGACAUCACUGCAGCCUACGAACGCCAGGAUGGGCGCUUUGCCUUUUUCAAAGGUGACCGCUAUUGGCUCUUCCGAGAAGCAAACCUGGAGCCUGGCUACCCCCAGCCGCUGACCAGCUACGGCCUGGGCAUCCCGUAUGACCGCAUCGACACAGCCAUCUGGUGGGAGCCCACGGGCCAUACCUUUUUCUUCCAAGAGGAUAGGUACUGGCGCUUCAAUGAGGAGACGCAACAUGGAGACCCUGGCUACCCCAAGCCCAUCAGUGUCUGGCAAGGAGUCCCCAUCUCCCCAAAAGGAGCCUUCUUAAGCAAUGAUGCAGCCUACACCUACUUCUACAAGGGCACCAAAUACUGGAAAUUUGACAAUGAGCGCCUGAGGAUGGAGCCUGGCUACCCCAAGUCCAUCCUGCGAGAUUUCAUGGGCUGCCAGGACCACGUGGACACCGGACCCCGAUGGCCCGAUGUGGCACGUCCACCUUUCAACCCCGACGGGGAUGCCCAGCCUGGGGUGGACGGUGACAGCACUGAUGGCACUGUGGGCGGUGGGGCUGGUGAGGGUGGGGACAAGGACAAGGACAAGGAUGGGGGCAGCCGAGUGGUGGUGCAGAUGGAGGAGGUGGCUCGGACGGUGAAUGUGGUCAUGGUGCUGGUACCUCUGCUGCUGCUGCUGUGCGUGCUGGGCUUGGCCUAUGCGCUGGUGCAGUUGCAGCGCAAGGGUGCGCCCCGCGUGCUGCUCUACUGCAAGCGUUCCCUACAGGAGUGGGUCUGAUUCCACCCCCUGGGCCUGACUGGCUCCUCCCCCUUCCUUGCUGCUCCUCCUCCCCACCUGGUGCUCUGGGCUGGCCAUCUCCCAGCCACACAAGUCCUCUGUCAGUCCUACCCUUCUUGUUUAUUUAUGCCCAGGUAUCUCCUUUCUUUGUGGCACCUUCAUGGAGUGUUCGUUUCUGCUUUCCUGAACCGGGGGCAGGUUGCUGCGUAGAGUUCUCUCGAUGUACUUCUGUCUGUCUGUCUGUAGCACACAGGGAAUUAUCUGUGGCUUGGACACAGCCAGAGAGGCAAAGGAGAGAGGGCAGAAGCCCACCCAGGGCUGUGCAGCUUCUUCCCACCGUGGCUCCUCCUCACCCUGAGCCACAGGGCUCUCCUAGCUGCCUGUGUUUGCCUUGAAGGGGCCCAAAUAGGGCCCCACCCUUUGGGGGUCUGCCUUAGGAAGAGCCUGUGGCCCAGGGACGCCGUAGCCACAGCAACGUCCACUGGCCUCUGCGUGCUCUCGAGGCCCUGACCCAUCCCGGAGGAGUGCCUCUGCCCCUCAGGAACCUAUGUGAGGCACUUCCCCCUGCCUAGGACAGAAGGUACAGGCCAUUAGAGGAGCCCUGCCUGGUCUUCUCCGGGCCCUCUGGUGAGGGGGUCUCCACAGAGGUGGAAAGCUGAGCCUGCCUCCCCCAACCCAGAGACCCCAAGCCACAUUCCACAGGAGUCUCAUCUUUUUUUUUUUUUUUUAAUGCCCAUCCUGGAGCUUGAACUCAGGGCCUGGGUACUUUUCUUUUGACUCAAGGCUAACACUCUUCCGCUUGAAGCUCCACUUCUGGAUUUAAUUUUUUUUUUUUUUU